AUGUAUCGGAAGUUGUCUAAGUUAGAACACUCGGAAAUAAAACAACUUCUUACAGAAGCUAACAUAGAAGUAGCAAAACAUUACACAACAAACAAAAAAGCACUCGCUGACUUCAUUAAAGACUAUAAUGGUGCAAUAAGUUAUGAUAGAAUUCAUGAGUUCAUAAAGCCGCAACGCGGCGAGGACGAAGUCCAUGCAAGAGCAUUUCCUUUAAAUGACGUUGCUAUUGACUUAUAUCAUAGACGUUCAGUACCUCAUGAAGUAAGAAGAGAAAUGUUUGACAUAACAAAUGCAAACGUUGGUGAAACAAGAAGAAGAGACGACACACUGAAACAACAGAGAAGAGAGAUGUUUAAAAGUGCUAUAGAACAAGUUCGCAAAGCUAACGAUGUCAUUCGUUCCAUUGACGACAAACCAAAAGAAGGUGAGAGAUGGUUAAAGAAAGAUGAAGAGAAUAGGAAGAGAAAUGUGAAGUCAGGCAAUAGACUCAUUGACUUUAACAUCGAAGCUUUAGAUGAACCAAACAGAGACUACUUACACAAACAUUUCGGUAAGGUUUUCAUGAGACUCUUAGAGAAAAUUAAAAUAAACUCACAACAGAGAUGGAUGGUAUGUUAUAAACUUGGUGGAAAGUAUGAAUGUUCUACGUUAAACCUCAAUAAUAUUGGAACAUUACUACAUCAGCUCUUGAAGGAGAACUUUAUAUCAGAGAUAGAAGCAAAUGCUGCAGGUAUUGUUGAAAUGCACUAUGACUUCUUCUUGACAAACAUAAAGAAUCUUACCGAAAUAAAGAUGUAUGAUUUAACAGAAUAUGAAGGCUUAACGAUGUCAGAU